UAAGGAUCCGAAGAAAGUGAUAGAAAUAUAUUCCCAUAAACAUUUCCAUCACUUAAAAAACAAAAACAAAUCUUGAAUAAUCACCAUACAUUAGAUUAAUGAUUCUUGAUAAGAGAGUAUUAUGUGUCAUUUGCCUCUUCUUCAUUUGAGCAACACUGGCAGCAAUGAUCACCGCUGAAUUUCAAAGCUGCUUCAUCUUCAUCCUCUUAUGUCUCUUCUCACUCCUCUGUUACUCUCUCUUUUUCAGGAAACCAAGCUCAAGACGCGACGCCUAUGGCUGUGAUCUGCCUCCGAGCCCUCCUUCUUUGCCAAUCAUCAGCCAUCUUCACCUUAUUCUAUCUGCUCUAGUCCACAAGUCUUGAAAUUCUCCUCCAAGUAUGGACCUCUCCUCCAUCUUCGUAUCUUCAUCACUCCCAUAGUGCUAGAGGAGACUAGAGGAGACCAACUUCUUGCAUCUCUGCGAGAAAAGCAUUCAAAAAGACUGUCACUGCUUACACUGAGUCAUAAAUCUCGAACUUGUCUAUUCCUCACAACACACAGUGAGUCGUCUUUUGUCACCUUAGAAUAUUUAAUUAUCAAUUUGAUCACUAGUGUCAAACUUUUGAUCUGAGCUUAUAUUAUUAUUAAUAAACAAGGUUCUACUUGUCCACUAUCUCACGUUCUUCCAAAUAGGAGCAUGGUAGCCAUACUUUAUAUUAAUGGUUUCAACUGCCUCUUCACUUUAAGCAACAAUGCUAGUGAAGUUGGUAGUCAUACUUCACAUACGUUAUACAGUAUUAUUAUUACUAAAGGAAGACUAAAAAUUUCCUUCAAUUAAUAUAAUAAUAUAAACAACAAAAAGGUACCUUAGAUCAUACGUUAUAACAGAGUAUAAUUUCUUGAGAUGUGUUAAUACUCUGUUUCAUCUACCUUUCCCACUUUGAGCAACAAUUGCAGCAAUGAUGACUGUUGACUUUCAAAACUGUUUCAGUUUCAUCCUCCUCUGCUUCUUCUCACUCCUCUGUUACUCUCUCUUGUUCAAGAAACUAAAGGACUCACAAGUUGGCCGUGAUUUGCCUCAGAGCCCUCCGUCUCUUCCGAUCAUUGGCCAUCUUCACCAUCUCAUCUCUUCUCUAGCCCACAAAUCUUUACAGCAACUCUCAGCCAAGUACGGACCUCUCCUAUACCUCAGCAUCUUCAACUUCCCUGUAGUCCUCGUCUCCUCGGCCUCUGUGGCUUACGAUAUCUUCAAGGCACAUGACUUGAACAUCUCGUCUCGCGACAACCCUCCAAUCGACGAGUCUCUCUUGGUCGGAUCUUCUGUCUUUGUCGGCGCCCCUUAUGGGGACUAUUGGAAGUUCAUGAAGAAGCUCUUGGUUACAAAGCUUCUGGGACCACAGGCACUCGAGCGGUCAAGAGGCAUCCGUGCGGAUGAGCUAGAGCGGUUUUAUAGAAGCCUACUAGAUAAGGCGAUUAAGAAAGAGAGUGUUGAGAUUGGUAAGGAAGCAACGAAGCUCAGUAUCAACAGCAUAUGCAGGAUGAGCAUGGGGAGGAGUUUUUCAGAAGAGAGUGGUGAGGCUGAGAGAGUUAGAGGUUUGGUUACCGAGUUAGAUGGCUUGACGAAGGUUUUGUUGGUAAACAUAUUGCGCUGGCCGCUUGAGAAGCUCGGAAUCUCUCUGUUCAAAAAGGAGAUAAUGUAUGUUUCCAACAGCUUUGAUGAGCUGCUGGAGAGGAUGCUUGUGGAACAUGAAGAGAAACGGAAUGAACAUCAAGGUACGGACUUGAUGGACGUGUUGUUGGAAGCUUAUGGAGACGAAAACGCAGAUGCUUGGAAAAACAGAUUCCGACUAAGAAACGUUUGAAACUUUCAGGAGCUUUUCCUUGGAGGCACUGAUACCUCGGCGCAAACAAUACAGUGGGUAAUGGCAGAGAUCAUCAACAAUCCUAACGUUCUUGAGAGACUGAGAGAAGAGAUUGAUUCGGUUUUACCUCAGCGCAAACAAUACAGUGGACAAUGGCCGAGAUCAUCAACAACCCUAACGUUCUGGCUAAGAUUGCACCCGCCAUUGCCUCUAAUGGUAAGGACGUUUCAAAGAAGUUGUGAGAUGAAAGAGUUCUAUAUACCGGAGAAGACAACACUUGUAGUUAAUGCUUAUGCUGUGAUGAGAGAUCCUACUUCUUGGGAAGAUCCUGAUGAUUUUAAGCCAGAGAGGUUUCUAAGGCAAGAUCAGGAGGAGAGAAGAGCACUGAAGCACAUUGCUUUUGGAAGUGGAAGGAGAGGCUGUCCUGGAUCAAAUCUAGCAACUAUUAUCAUAGGAACUGCAGUAGGAACAAUGGUGCAGUGUUUUGACUUGAACAUCAAAGGAGAUAAGGUCAAAAUGGAUGAGGCUGGAGGACUUAACUUGACCAUGGCUCAUCCUCUUGAGUGCACUCUUGUUCCUCGAACCCAACCUUUCACUUUCUGAUUUCCAUGAAAUUCUCUCUGUUUCUCUCUUCAUCUUAUUCACAGACGUUUCUCGGUUCAAUCCGGUUUAAAUUUGGUUUGAUUUUGAUU